CGCAGGAGUUCUCAGCCCAGCCCUGUUCCUGCAGCUGUCAGCCACCAGAAGGAUGAGGGUCAGCCUGGCCACCCUGGCCUUCCUCCUCACCAUCGCUGCCCUCCACUCUGAGGCCAGUCCAGAACCAGCUGAUAGCCCGACUACCUGCUGUCUCUCCUACAUUUCAAGAAAAAUCCCGCUCUCCUUUGUGAAAGAUUAUGAAAGGACCAGUGAUCUGUGUUCCCAGCCGGGGGUCAUCUUCCUUACUAAAAAGAUGCGAGAAAUCUGUGCCGACCCCAGGGAGGCCUGGGUGGAGAAGUACAUCAGAUACUUGGACAGUCAAAAGUAGCUGGGAGCAGUAGGACCGCCACAGCCCAGGGAAUGUGAGAAGAGGCCACAGGGUCACCUCCCCUCCCCAGCCAAAUCUCUCAGCCCCUGGUGCUCCCUGGAGUUGUCCUGGCCUGAUGGAAAGCCCAUUCUUGCUUUCCUGCGCUCCCCUGCUCUGAAGGAUCCACUGUCUCCUUAAGCUUUGCCAUGAUGAUGCUCUGCCCUGUGGGCCCCAGGACAGCAUCCCUCCUCCCUUUGCAGGCACUCAGGUGCUGAAAUAAAUCUGUGCUGUAGAAAAGGA